GCUUGGAGUGGCACGCCGCGUUCCGUCACGCGGCGGUGGUGUAGGAUCCAGAGGACACAGAGCUUGGCAGUAAUAUGGCUCAAAGCGCGACCGGAGUGAGCCGCUUUAAAGCCAACUAUGCUGUGGAGCGCAAAAUCGAGCCUUUCUACAAGGGCGGGAAAGCACAGCUCGACCAGACAGGCCGACACCUCUUCUGCGUCUGUGGUACCAGAGUCAAUGUUCUAGAUGUGGCCUCUGGGACUGUACUACAGAGCCUAGAGCAGGAGGACCAAGAAGACAUCACUGCCUUUGACCUCAGUCCUGAUGAUGAGGUGCUGGUGACAGCCAGUCGAGCACUGCUGUUGGCUCAGUGGGCUUGGCGAGAAGGUAGUAUUACCCGUCUGUGGAAAGCAAUACACACAGCCCCUGUGGCUACCAUGGCCUUCGAUCCCACGUCCACACUGCUAGCCACAGGGGGCUGUGACGGGGCUGUGCGUGUCUGGGAUGUUGUCCGGCACUACGGAACACACUACUUCCGGGGAUCAUCUGGUGUCGUGCAUUUGGUGGCCUUCCACCCGGACCCCACUCGCCUGCUGCUCUUCUCCUCAGCUGCAGAUGCUGCUAUUCGCAUGUGGUCACUGCAGGACCGCUCAUGCCUGGCCAUGCUGACUGCCCACUAUAGUGCUGUCACAUCCCUGGCCUUCAGUGCUGACGGCCACAGUAUGCUGAGCUCUGGCCGUGACAAGAUCUGCAUUGUCUGGGACCUUCAGAGCCACGAGGCCACUAAGACUGUGCCUGUGUUUGAGAGUGUGGAGACUGCUGUGCUGCUACCUGAGGAGCCAGCUCCUGCACUGGGUGUGAAGAACUCAAGCCUGCAUUUCCUGACAGCUGGUGACCAAGGCAUACUACGUGUGUGGGAAGCAGCUUCUGGGCAGUGUGUGUAUACCCAGCCACAGCUGCCAGGCCCAGGGCGAGAGCUGACCCACUGCUCCCUGGUCCACGCUGCUAACCUGCUCCUCAGUGUCACUGCCGACCACAACCUGAUGCUCUAUGAAGCAUGCUCCCUACAGCUGCAGAAACAGUUUGCAGGCUAUAGUGAGGAAAUUUUGGAUGUCCGGUUCCUUGGGCCCAAGGACUCCCACAUUGUUGUGGCUUCCAACAGCCCCUGCCUGAAAGUUUUUGAGCUACAAACAUCAGCUUGCCAGGUCCUCCAUGGCCAUACAGACAUUGUCCUGGCCCUGGAUGUGUUUCGGAAGGGGUGGCUCUUUGCCAGCUGUGCCAAGGAUCAGAGCAUUCGCAUCUGGAGAAUGAACAAGGCUGGCCAGGUGUCCUGUGUCGCUCAGGGUUCUGGACACACACACAGUGUGGGCACUGUCUGCUGCUCCAGGCUGAAGGAAUCCUUUCUGGUGACAGGCAGCCAGGACUGCACUGUGAAAUUGUGGCCCCUCCCUGAAGGCAUGCUGUCCAAGAGCAUGGCCCCAGACAGCGACCCCAUCCUUCUACAGGCCCAGGCCACCCAGCGCUGUCAUGACAAGGACAUCAACAGUGUGGCUAUUGCUCCCAAUGACAAGCUGUUGGCCACAGGCUCACAGGACCGCACUGCCAAACUCUGGGCCCUGCCACAGUGUCAGCUGGUGGGAAUUUUUUCAGGCCACCGACGUGGCCUUUGGUGUGUUCAGUUUUCACCCAUGGAUCAAGUGCUGGCCACAGCCUCAGCUGAUGGCACCAUCAAGCUCUGGUCACUGCAGGAUUUAAGCUGCCUCAAGACAUUUGAGGGGCAUGAUGCUUCUGUGCUGAAGGUGGCCUUUGUGAGCCGUGGCACACAAUUACUGUCUAGUGGCUCAGAUGGGCUCUUGAAGCUUUGGACCAUCAAGAACAACGAGUGUGUACGGACACUGGACGCCCAUGAGGACAAAGUCUGGGGAUUACACUGCAACCAGAUAGAUGACCAUGCCCUCACUGGUGCCAGCGACUCCCGAGUCAUUCUCUGGAAGGAUGUGACUGAGGCAGAACAAGCAGAGGAGCAGGCCAAGCAAGAGGAGCAGGUAGUCAAGCAGCAAGAACUGGACAACCUGCUCCAUGAAAAGCGAUACCUGCGGGCACUGGGCCUGGCCAUCUCCCUGGAUCGCCCACACACAGUGCUGACAGUUAUUCAGGCCAUUCGGAGGGACCCAGAGGCCUGUGAGAAGCUAGAAGGCACUGUUCUCCGACUGCGGCGAGACCAGAAAGAGGCCCUGUUGCGUUUCUGUGUCAUGUGGAACACCAACUCACGGCAUUGCCAUGAAGCACAGGCAGUGCUGAACGUGCUGCUACAACAUGAGGCCCCUGAGGAGCUGCUGGCCUAUGAGGGUGUACGGGCUGCACUUGAGGCCCUGCUGCCCUACACUGAGCGGCAUUUUCAGAGACUCAGCCGGACACUGCAAGCAGCCACAUUCUUGGACUUCCUGUGGCACAACAUGAAGCUGUCCCCUCUUCCUGCUGCCCCCCCUGCUGUGUGAGACACAUAAAGUGAUACUUUUCCUA